AUGGAAGGUGACAGAGAAUUGCUGUUGCUAAAAGCCCGCGCAUCAAAACCAACUUAUCUUCCAGAGCAAUGGAAUGAGGGUAACCAAGACUACUCAAGGUCACCUGAUAGACGGAGAGAUAAUUCUCCAGAGCCGAUGGACAAUGCUGUGCCAACCUAUGUCUCUCCACCUCCUUCCUUUGACAGGAGUUUUAAACCUGCUAAAGUCAAAGAACCAGAAAAAGACGUGUUUGAUAAGCUGUGGGAGGGUUGAGAAGAUGAUCCAAAAGUCUACAAUCCCCAAUUUAUAAGGGAUAAACUCAGCCGCUUGAACCCAAUGUUUGAAAAAGGCUGGCAUGAAGAUGCGUUCGAGUCCUUCACAUUUUUCUUCGGUCAACUAAGCGAGGAUUGCAUGGUCGAAAUGCCCAGACCGGAUGUU